AUGGCCAAGAACUACGGCGGAGUGUACAACAUCCACCGCUGGGGCGACCCCUACUUCGCCGUCAACAAGAGCGGCCACCUCUGCGUCCGACCCCACGGCCGUGACACGGCCCCGGGCCAGGAGAUCGACGUGCUCUCCGUCAUCCACCAAGCCGCAGCCACGACCACCACCACCGAUCACCAUCACGACGACAAGAAAAAGAGGAAGCUCCAGUUCCCCAUGAUCCUCCGCUUCCCUGACGUGCUCCGGCACCGGCUCCACUCGCUGCACGCGGCGUUCGCGACCGCCAUCAAGCACACCGGGUACCGCUCGGUCUACCAGGGCGUGUUCCCGGUGAAGGUGAACCAGAACAAGGCCGUCGUGCAGGACAUGGUCCGCUUCGGCCACCAACACGGCUACGGGCUCGAGGCCGGGUCCAAGCCGGAGCUGCUCAUCGCCAUGAGCUGCCUCACCAGGGCCAAGCCUGGCGCCUACCUCGUGUGCAACGGCUACAAGGACAAGGACUACGUCGCGCUCGCCCUGGCGGCGCGCGCCAUGGGCCUCAACGCCAUCAUCGUGCUGGAGAUGGAGGAGGAGCUCGACAUCGUCAUCGAGCAGAGCAGGCGGCUCGGCGUCGAGCCGGCCAUUGGUGUUCGUGCCAAGCUGCUCACCAGGUUACCGGGCCAUUUCGGGUCCACGGCCGGCAAGCACGGAAAGUUCGGGCUCCUGGCGGAGAGGAUCUACGAGGUGGCACGGAAGCUCAAGGCUCUUAAUAAGCUGCACUGGCUCAAGCUGCUGCACUUCCACGUCGGCUCCAUGAUCCCGUCCACGGACAUCGUCUUCAAGGCGGCCAGCGAGGCCGCCGAGAUCUACUGCGCCCUCGUGAACGACUGUAGCGCGGAGGGGAUGACCACGCUGGACUGCGGCGGUGGACUCGGCGUCGACUACGACGGGACACGGUCGGGAAACUCCGACAUGUCGGUGGCGUAUGGGCUGGAGGAGUACGCGUCCAGCAUCGUGCAGGCAGUGCGGCUCAGGUGCGACGACAACGGCGUUCCCCACCCCGUGCUCUGCACCGAGAGCGGCCACGCCAUGGCGUCGCACCACUCCAUGAUCAUCCUCGAGGCGCUCUCCGCGUCUGCGAUCCCCGAGCCGAGAGACGAAGGCGAGACCACCGAGCAGCUGCACGCCAAGAUCCAUGAGCUGGCCUCGAAGCAGCAGCCGAGGGCGCUACUCAAUUUGAAGGGUGACGCAGCAACGGGCAUGUCCACCAUAUCCUGUGCGCGUGCCUUGGACAUGAAAAAGCACGGCAUCGAGAUGUACAAGCUGGGGAAGAAGCUCCCCAAGAGCGUCAUGGCCGACGCGACAACCAUCUACAACUACCACAUGAACCUGUCCGUCUUCUCGCUGAUCCCGGACUUCUGGGGCAUCCAGCGGUUGUUCCCGAUGAUGCCGGUGAGCCGGCUCCAUGAGAGGCCGACCCGCAUGGCCACGCUCGUCGACCUCACCUGCGACAGCGACGGGAAGAUCGAGAGAUUCAUCGGCGGGGCAGAGACGCUGCCGCUGCACCCGCUGGACCCCGUGCUCGGCGGCUACUACGUGGCCGUGCUCCUCUCCGGCGCGUACCAGGAAGCCCUGUCCUCUAAGCACAACCUGUUCGGCGGCCCCAGUCUGGUGCGCGUGCUUGGCGGUGACGACGGUGAGUUCAUACUCGACACGGUUGACCUGGGCCCGACCACGGAGGAGCUCAUCGGCACCAUGAGGUACGACGUAAAGGAGGACAUCAGCGGUGUGAUCGAGGAGUGGGCGAGGGAGAAGCAGGUGUGGGAAAUGGUGGGUACGCUCGUGGAGAACGCGCUCAACACCAUGCCGUACCUCGCCGACUAUCAGCCCCCACCAACCGCCUAG